GAAAUAAAAGCCGAACACACACGGCACACACUGCAUUUGAACACUUCUCACACACAGAACGACAGCAUUCACACACUAACGGAUCCCUAUAUUGUCUGGAUGAAGACCUGGAUUUUUCUUUCACUCGCAGCUCUGUCUGCGGUGUGCACGGGACAGCAUGACUGCGGGCGCGGGGCGUGUUACCCUGCGAUGGGCGACCUGCUGCUGGGCAGAGAGCAGAGCCUGCGCUCCUCCUCCACAUGUGGUCUGAUGGGGUCUGAGGUGGUCUGCACUCCACACGGACAGUGGAAGAUGAAGUGUUGUCCGUGUGACUCUCGUAACCCGGCGGCGUAUAAUGCGCACACGAUCCAGAACGUGAUCUCCAGCGCCGGGCCCAACCGAUGGUGGCAGUCUAAGAAAGAUGUGAGUCCCGUGGCGCUGCAGCUGGAUUUAAAUGGAAUGUAUCACCUGGAAACCGUCUUACUCUCUUUUAAGGGCCCGAGGCCUGAUGCGCUGAUCGUCGAGAGGACGAGGGAUUUCGGUCGCUCUUGGCAGCCCGUCCUGUACAUGGCCACCAAUUGCCCAUCCACCUUUCCUCAGGUGAGCACUUCGUUCCCUCGCACCCUCGAGGAAACGUACUGCUACACGCUGCCAUCCACCGCCGACGACCCCUACAGGGACCAGAAGAUUCACUUUUAUCCUCUGCGUCAGUUCGCGGACAUCGAUCUGCCGAAUGAAUACAAAAUCGAAGUGGCGUCUGGGUUCACGGGUCUGCGGGUCAAUCUGACCCAGCUGGGGUCGGUUUCCAGCAUGCCGGGCCGCCGUCUGAACCAGUUUUACGCCCUGCGAGAGAUGCGGGUGAUCGGAUCCUGCUUUUGCCACGGACACGCCAACCGCUGCAGCGACCUGCCCAACACACAGGUGGGCGGUGUGUGUGAGUGUCAGCACAACACGGCUGGCGUGAACUGUGAGCGAUGUGACGACCUCCACAAUGACCUUCCCUGGAGACCUGCGGAGAACGGAAACACACACACCUGCAAACGUACGGCUGCUCACACACACUGCACUGCAUGUGACGAUUCAGCGGCCAGUGUUGGGAGUAACUGUGUGUGUGUCGCAGGCUGUCUGUGUAGCGCGGCUGGCUCUUUGAACGGCGGUCAGUAUGACGCUCAGACGGGAGCGUGUGUGUGUAAACCAAACGUUGAAGGCGAACGCUGUGACCGAUGCAAAGCUGGAUACUACAACCUCAACGCCAACAACCCUCUGGGCUGCUCCAAGUGCUCUUGUAGUCCAGACAGCUCUGUCAGCGGUGUGUGUGAUCAGCUGACGGGUCAGUGCGAGUGUCGCCCUCAUGUGGAGGGUUUGUCAUGUGACCGCUGUGCUGUGGGUUACUGGAACCCGUCAUCGCCCUACGGCUGCCAGCCGUGUAACUGUGACCCCGUCAACGCCCGCAGCGCCACCUGUGACCAGCGCACAGGUCAGUGUCUGUGUCGCCCGGGCAUCGGGGGCCGGACCUGCAGCGGUUGUCCUGACAACACGUACGGAGAUCCUCUGAUUGGCUGCAGACCGUGUGACUGCGACCCGUCGGGCACGGAGUCGGGCAGCUGUGACAAACGCACAGGCGCGUGUCUCUGUAAACCGGGCGUAACCGGCGCCCGCUGCGACGCCUGCAGCCGUGGCUACUGCGCCAGUUUCCCAGAAUGCCCAGCGUGUCCGUCCUGCUUCUUCAGCAUGAAUGGGCAUCUGCAGCAGCUCACGCUGACGCUGGAGCGACUCUCGAACCAGCUGAUCCUGUCCGGCGGCAGACCGACCUCCAGCGACGCCAGCCACAGGAUCCGCACGCUGAUGGAUGCCCUGAGACGCCUGCAGGAGACCGUGAGCGUCCCGCCGCAGUCCAGCCGCGCACUGACUGACGCCCUGCAGAGACUCAACCAGAUCAGGUCUCAGCUGAAUGGUUUGACUGAGGAUCUGGCAUCGCAGCCGAGGGACGGUGAUAUUGAUCGCAGUCUGGACGACCUGCAGGCACUUCUGUCGUCUCUGCGUCUGGAAUAUUUCACCAAGAGAGACGCUUUCACUAACACCGCUGGAUCCAACAACGCCAGCACCUUCUACGCCAUCCAGAAGUCGUACGAAAAGUCGACAGACGCCGUCAAACGAGCCGACGCUGCUAAAGACACGCUGAAGAAGUCAGAGGGCCUGCGUGAAAACGCCUUGAGUGACCUGAGAGACGUGCAGCCCGGAAACAAUAUAGACCUGGAGAAACUCAAGAAGGAUCUGGCAACCCGGCCGAAUCUGACGCCCACCGCAAACAAGGUGUGCGGCGGCGAUCGCGUGGAUUCCUGCACUCCGGAGCGCUGUGCUGGCGAUCUGUGUCCUCCUGAUGGAACGCCCCCUUGUGGAGCGGAGGAGCCCUGCGCCGGAGCGCUGCCCAACGCCAACAAAGCCUUCCAGAACGCCGACGAGGUGAAGGCCAAACUACAGGAUCUCAACAACAAGAUCACGCAAGCAGCUGCACAGAUACAGGAAGCUGAAGAUUCGGCCAAUAGGGUGAGACUGUCCACAGAUGAGCUGGCCAAUCAGAUCAAGCAGGUGCAAGCCGACGUGGAUGAAGACCUGAAGGACACCAAAGACUUCAUAAACAAUCUCAGAGACUUCCUGUCAGAGCCUCAUUCAGACCCGGAUGAGGUGCAGCGGGUGUGCGAGGCCGUUCUGGAUGCUCAGGUUCCUCUGAGCGUGGAGAAGCUGAAGCAGAAGCUGAAGGAGCUGCAGGAUCUGGCGUCUUCACUGCCAGACAGCAGCAGAGUCCUGGAGAACAGCAAAGAGCAGCUGGAGAACGCCAGACAGCUGCUGGAGGAGGCUAACAACACACGUGACGCUGCGUUCGGUAUCCAGCAGGACGCUGAGAGCAUCCUGAAGACGAUGGACGACAACGAGGAUAUUUUUGAUGAGCUGGAAGACAAGAUCCGUCAGAGCGUCGACAUCGCAAACAAUGUCAAGAACGACGUCAAACAGAUAGAGGACGCGCUGCUGCCCGCCGAGCAGGGGAUUGUGGGAGUCACAGGGCUGCUGGAUGAGAUGCGCCCCCUGCUGGACGACCUGAGGAAAGAUGUGACGACGGGAACGACGCAUGCGAACGAAGCUCAGGAUCAGGCCGAUUCAGCUCAGGGCGAAGCCGAACAAGCGGCAGAGGAGCUGGAAGCACUGAAGAAGGAGUUUGAGCGAUUGAAGCGUGCGGCGGCUGAGAGCACUGAGGCGGGUGAAGACUCCGCCCACUUACAGGCGCUGCAGAAGGAGGCGGAGUCUCUGAUGACGGACACCAGCGACAUCAUGCAGGCUCUGAAAGAUAAGGAGGCGUCGGUUCGUCAGGGAGCGGCGGAGCUGCAGCAGAACGCGGCGCGACUGACCGGUCUGGACGAUCAGGUGAAGAAACUCCGAGACGACAUCCGCUAUAAAGUCACCAGUCUGAGCAUAUGCCAGGGCUGAGGAGCACAACACACACCAGGAACAACACUACUAAUAAAGCAACUAAUAAAGUGUCUGAAUGAA